CACACAAUAAUGUAAAAAUGGAAGACUCAGAAACUUUCCCACGGAAGCCAACAUUGAACGAUGAGCGUCACUCUUUUGGUAGCAGACGCCGUUUGGUCCGACAUUGAAUCUACAGGCUCAGUAACCGAAGAACAUCUCUCAAUCUUGCAUUUGUUAUUUGGUAAGAAUCUUGAGAAAGCAACCAGAAUUAUCGACAAAAGAGGUGUGAAGAAAAUCUCUGGAUUACCCAGUGGGAGAUCCAUCUUUCAGGUUGUAGGAGAAUCUCAGAAGAGAGAAGAGUAUCUCUGCUUCCCAGGAGAUUACUGUGGAUGUUAUUCUUUCUUCUAUGAUGUUGUUAGCAGAGGGGAGCAACAAUGUUGUAAACAUCAAUUGGCUGCGAGGUUGGCUUCUUCUUUGGGCACAUACAGCGAAAUUGAGGUCUCGGAUGACCAUCUUGCCUUGAUGCUCUCAAAGAUCUGAAGCUUUCAAUACAUAUACAGAAGCUACAAGUGAAGACACAAGUAAUUUCUUAGGCUUAUCUGUGUCGUUGAAAAUUAUGCGGCUCAAGAUUCUUCACUUGUGUGAUGAACAAUGUUGCUUCAUCUAUUCUGUUUAACUUGGUAGUAGUAUAUAAUCCAUCAACGAUUGAGUUAUAUGUUUUCUGGUCUGGUCUACAUGAGGUGAUAGUUUACUCAAACAUUAGUAAGUGCUAAUUAAGGUACUGUAGGUGAUCUUCUUUAACUCAAAAACUUGAGCAGCUUCAAGUCUUUUAGGUA